UCCAAAUUGCCAACUCCUCAGUCUCUCUUCGUUCAAUGCAUUGGAAUACUCAGAGUUUGAUCACAAAAACCCAUAUAUAUAUAUAUUAGAAGCCUUCAUUUCUUUCUCUGCUCAUCAUUCAAUCUUGCGCUGCUCCAUGGAGAACCAAACCAUUCCUCACUGCAUUCUGAUAGCUAUCGUGGCGGCGUUACUCUCAUGCCUCGGCUGCGCACGGGCGGCGCUCCGCUACGGCAAAUGCGGCGCCGCCCCCGUGCCGUACCCGCUCAGCACGGCACCCAACUGCGGCGACCAAGCCUACAAGAUCCGCUGCACCGCCGGAACACUCUGGCUGGAUGCUCUCAGCCAAUCGUCCUACAUGAUCACGUCCAUCCAGACGGAGACCCAACGGAUGAUCAUCCGUCCUCCAGGCUUCUCCCCGAACACCUGCCUGGCCGUCGACUUUCACAGCCAGGGAAUUCAGCUGGACAGCUCGCUGCCAUUCAACAUCACCGGCAGCAACACGGUUCUGCUCAUGAACUGCACCGACGCAAUGCUGCAGCUGUAAGCGCCUAUAAACUGUUCAUCUACGUGCAUUUGCCAUUCCUACGUUGACAAUACGCCGGCGGCUUCUCCGUGCAAGCGGGACCAGAUAUGCUGCUCGUUCAGGACCGGGGGAUCGCAGACUUCCUAUUUUCUGAGGGUUCACGGUGGCGGCUACACCGCGUACCAGAGCUUUGUGAAUUUGGACACUUCCUUGCCGGUGGUCAAGUGGCCGGCUCCAAGGGUGGAGCUGGAGUGGGCGUUGCCACAGGAGCCAGUUUGCCGGUGGGCGGUGGACUGCGGGGAGCUGAGGAACUCCAGGUGUUCGCCGGAUCCAGCGAGUGGGGAAGUGAAGAGGUGCUUGUGCAAGUCCGGCUGGCAAUGGGAUGCUGUUUACGGAGUUUGUAAAAAAAAAUAUAUACGCUUGAUUUGUAUGCCAGCAGCUUCAAUGGCUGCCAUCGUUCUUCUAUUUCUGGGAGGAUUUCUAGCCUACAGACGCCGUAGCCAACUGAAGAAGGAAGCCCGGAAAGUGCUGGUCAAGGAGAGGGAAGAAAUCCUAAACGCCAACAGUAGUGGAAAAUCGGCCAAGAUCUUCACAGGCAAGGAGAUCAAGAGGGCAACAAACAACUUCUCCAAGGCCAAUCUCCUCGGCUCCGGCGGCUUUCGUGAGGUUUACAAAGCCAUUUUCGAAGACGGCACAGUCACAGCCGUGAAGCGAGCGAAGCCCGGCAACACCAAGGGCACGGUCCAGGUCCGAAUCCUCUGCCAGGUGAACCACUGCAGCCUUGUCCGACUUCUCGGCUGCUGUGCCGAGCUUGAGGAGCCGCUCUUGGUGAAUGAAUAUGUCUCUAAUGGCACACUCUUUGAUCAUCUUCACCGCUACCACCAGCACAACCUCCAGCCGCUUACUUGGCAGCAGCAUCUCCUCAUCGCCCUACAGACGGCCGAGGGCCUGGCAUAUCUCCACUCCUCGGCGGUGCCACCCAUUUACCACCGGGAUGUGAAGUCGAGCAACAUCCUGCUCGAUGAAAAGCUGGACGCCAAAGUUUCAGACUUUGGGCUUUCCAGGCUGGUUGAGCUUAGCGAGACCAACUGCACCCAUAUCCACACCAGUGCUCAGGGAACCCUAGGCUAUCUUGAUCCAGAAUACUACCUAAACCUUCAGUUGACCGAUAGGAGCGAUGUUUACAGCUUUGGGGUUGUGAUGUUGGAGCUCUUGACUUCUAAGAAGGCUAUUGAUUUCAAUAGGGAAGAAGAUAAUGUGAACCUCGUGGUGUACACGAAGAGGAUCAUGGCUGAAGAGAGGCUGAUGGAGGCUGUUGAUUCAAACCUGAAAGAGGGAGCCACAAAGGUUGAAUUGGAGACUAUGGAGGCAUUAGGGAACUUGGCAGCAGCGUGCUUGGACGAGCGGCGGCACAAUCGGCCAUCAAUGAAGGAAGUUGUGGAGGAGAUUGAGUGCAUUAUCAGUCUUGUCACGGGUGGGUUCUAAGAGCUAGGACUCCAACAUGUUGAUUUAUUAAUAGUUGACAAGUUAGCUCCCAAGUUGUAGAACUAAUGUAGAAAAGCAUUUGGCAUAAACUGAGAAUUAGCAGUAAGCCAGAAGGUGGAUUAUUGCAAGGCCUUUCUCUUUGUGUUCCUAAGCUUCGGGUAUGGUUGUGCAUGU